UGAGCUGAGGUACAGUGCUCAAGUGUUUGUAUUUGACUGGCAAUGGCGGCUUCUCUGUUCCAGCUCUGUGGGGUGUUUUGGACUACACUGGGGCUCUUCCUUGUUGUCACAGACACUUCAGCUUCUGUAAGUUGGACAAAUUCACGCUUCAUUGCUGCAAGACGAGGUUCCCACAUCACUCUCAGCUGCUCUUCUAACUCUAUGGUAAAUUGGUACAAAGAGAAUGAGAAGGGCAAGUAUCAGAACCUAAUGAACGAUUCGAGGAUACACGUGACAAGAAAUGAAUUAAAGGUGAUGAUAAAGAUUGAAAAAAUCCAGUACACUGACAGUGGUAUCUACUUCUGUGAGAGCAACAAUUCAUACAAGAGCAGGAAAAUACACUGUGGCACGGAACUCAGAGUUAUGGGUAUCAGCACUUUUGAGCAGGUGCAGAAUCGGCACACCCUGAAAGAUGCCAUUAUUGUGAUUCAGUCCAUUCUUCUUGUCCUGUUCGUGAGCAUCCCUCUGUUCCUAACUCUGGGGAAGGGUGAACACAAAGAUGCAUCUGGGGAAGACCACACUUACGAGGGAUUGAUGGUUGAAUUAGCCGAUACAUAUGAAGAUAUUGGUACUUACCAGGACAGAGCAGAGAAGUGGGAUUUGGGGGAACAUCCAUGCGAGGAGUGAAAGGAUUUGCAGUAUUCCCAGCAAGGCGUGCUGCACCUGACUUGACCGAUGGGACAACACUUCCUGCUGUGGCUAUGGCCAGUGUGAAACCCCCACUCAGAGGAGACACUAGAGGAUUUUAUUUGCUUCAGUGCUCUAUCUCUCGCUUGCAUAUCUAUCAUCACCUGAAGAGCUAACACAAAAUGCAAUACCCACAUACCCAAUUCCUUC